GACAGCUACGUAUUCUCUUCCCGUUUUCAACAGCUGUCGUCACUACGACAACAACAGACGCUUUUGGCUGACGGUCGCCAGUUAACAUGGACUCUCGUUAAACCGGAACACCGGUCGAACAGAAAACGCCGCCACGUCAGAGAGGCCAAAGCGUCAAAAAACUUUCCCGUAUUUUUUUGUCCUUGGCGGGGCGGCCAGAGCUUUUUUGCAGCUAAAGUCGGUGGUGGUGUGUAUGUACGGUUAGAGUCACACAGUCUUCUUUGGCAGGUUAUCCGUGGCACUAUCCACUGGCCAUAUGGAACUGUUUUUGAAACAUAACACGACGUCUUGAUUGGUUCAAACUACGGGCACUCAACGUGUUUACAUGUUUACUAGGAUUUCUUUUCUAACCAGUACAGAUCUGUGCUCUGUAGGCUAUCAUCUGCAGUCUGCUUCAGCAAAGUGUAGGCAUCACUUAUCGUUCUUCCUUUGGUGUCAAUUCCGGCGUCAUGUGAAAAGGGUUCAUAGUGUUUCUCUCGCUCUAGACCGGGGGACCUCCUCCGUCGAGCUCAUUCGUCAGUGCCGAGACGUACUCGCCCCGGUUGUCCCGGUGGGGUAGUGCCCCUGUCCCCGGUGCAUCCCGCAUCCUUCGGCGUGCGGCGGAGCGGAGGAUGAGCGAGCAAGGGAAGGGCUCGGCACCCGCCUCUGCCGCGGCCCCGGCCCCAGGGUCGGAUACUUACAAAGGCUGGCUUUUUAAAUGGACCAACUAUUUGAAAGGGUACCAGCGGCGAUGGUUUGUCCUCAGCAAUGGCCUGCUCUCAUAUUACAGAUCGGUGGAUAAGUGUUUUAUGAGGAUAUGUGCACAGGGGACUGACAGGACGCAGGCAGAGAUGGCCCAUACGUGCCGUGGAACAAUCAACUUGGCCACAGCACACAUCGACACAGAGGAUGCCUGCAAUAUUGUCCUGAGCAGUGGCGGCCGCACUUACCACCUGAAGGCUAGCACAGAGGUGGAGCGGCAGAGAUGGGUCACAGCACUGGAGUUGGCCAAAGCUAAAGCCAUCCGCAUGAUGAACGAUCAGUCUGAUGACUCGGGGGACGAGGAGCCUACAUCCCAGUCGGACCGCAGCGAGAUUCAGGGCACCUUGAAGAUACUUGUCAGCAAGCUUGAUGACCUCAGCACAUGUAAUGACCUGAUCGCCAAGCACGGGGCAGCCCUGCAGCGUUCCCUGAGUGAACUCGAGGGUCUGAAAGUCCCUGUGGAAGGAGGGGAAAAGAUCAAGGCAGUCAAUGAGCGAGCCACCCUCUUCCGCAUCACUUCCAAUGCUAUGAUCAAUGCGUGUCGAGACUUCUUGGACCUAGCCGAGACUCACAGCAGGAGAUGGCAGAGGGCGCUGCAGUAUGAGCGGGAGCAGCGUAUCCACCUAGAGGAGACCAUUGAGCAGCUGGCCAAGCAGCAUAACAGCCUGGAGCGAGCGUGGCGAGAAGCACCCACGCUUGUUUCCACCACACCCAGUGCCCCUACUGCCAACAAGGGAGGGAGUGAGAGGCUGCACAAAGAAGAGGCGAGUGAUGAAGAUGAGAAUACUGAGUACUUUGAUGCCAUGGAGGAUUCCCCUGCCUUUAUCACAGUGACUGCCACUGAGAACACACAGCACAGGCGAUCUCAGAGUAAUUUGAGCGGAGCAAGCGGAAGUCAGCCCAAUCACUGGAACCAAGACGAUCAUAUGUCUCCAAGCUGUAAUGAUGUGUCAGGGAAGGAGCUGCGGCCCCGCAGACAGAGACGGACUCGUGUCCCAGACAAGCCCAACUACUCUCUCAAUUUGUGGAGCAUCAUGAAGAACUGCAUUGGCAAGGAGCUCUCCAAAAUACCCAUGCCUGUAAACUUCAACGAGCCUCUGUCGAUGCUGCAGCGCCUCACAGAGGACCUGGAGUAUCAUGAGCUUCUGGAUAAGGCAGCACGUUGCGACUCCUCCCUGGAGCAGAUGUGCCUGGUGGCUGCCUUCUCCGUCUCAUCCUAUUCCACCACGGUCCACCGAACAGCCAAGCCCUUCAACCCCCUCCUGGGCGAGACCUACGAGCUCGAUCGACAAGAGGAGUUUGGCUACCGCUCGCUGUGUGAACAGGUGAGCCAUCACCCCCCUGCAGCCGCACAUCAUGUGAUUUCCCAACGAGGCUGGACCCUGUGGCAGGAAAUCACCAUUGCCAGCAAGUUCCGUGGCAAAUACCUCUCCAUAAUGCCUCUGGGUGCUAUUCACCUACAGUUCCACUCCAGUGGGAACCACUAUGUGUGGAGAAAGGUCACCUCCACAGUGCACAACAUCAUUGUGGGCAAGCUUUGGAUUGACCAGUCAGGGGACAUUGAGAUUGUGAAUCACAGGACGAAGGAGACCUGUCAACUCAAAUUCUCUCCCUACAGUUAUUUCUCCAGGGAUGUUCCACGGAAGGUGACAGGUAUGGUGGCAGACAGUGAAGGCCAAGCUCACUACAUCCUUUCUGGUACAUGGGAUGAUACAAUGGAGAGUGCCAAAAUCGUUCAUAGCAGCAGAGGGGGCAGUGGAUCAGAGGGCAAGCAGAAGACGGUCUAUCAGACGUUGUCCCCCAAACGGCUGUGGAAGAAAUACCCUCUCCCGGAGAACGCGGAAAACAUGUACUAUUUCUCAGCGCUGGCACUAACUCUGAAUGAACCGGAGGAAGGAGUGGGACUGACCGACAGCCGUCUAAGACCAGACCAGAAGCUGAUGGAGGAAGGGCGAUGGGAUGAGGCAAACUCAGAAAAACAGAGGCUAGAGGAGAAACAAAGAGCCGUGAGGAGGAGGAGGGAAGCGGAGGCCUCAGAUGCUGUGGAUGAAGGUAAAGAAUACGAAGGCUACCAGCCAUUGUGGUUUCACCAGAGGAGGGAUUCAAUUACUGGAGAGACAAACUUUGUGUACAACGGAGGUUACUGGGAGGCGAAGGAGAGACAGGACUGGAGCAUGUGUCCUAACAUCUUCUAACCCAGGAACUCUGCCAGGAUCACUUCUAACCUCACCGGACAGGGAACUGCUCUGCCUCUGGUCCUCCAGCAAUGGGGCUUACCUGGCUUAUGAGCACCAUGUGGACCUUUUAUUGAGCAUGAGAAUGUGUAUGUUUCACACACUCUCGGAUUACCUCCAAAUGUACACUCUCAUUCUGUUUUUACUAUCGAGAAAAAGAAGGGGCGUUUCCUGAGUCUUUGACGCUAUACUGAAACAGCACUGAGGUCAUGUGUGGAUGUGAGGUGGUGUUGGAUUUGUAACAUCCCAAUAAAGACACCUGCACACUCCUAAAAUCAGGUGCUCGAUAAAUCUAAUUCACAAUGCACUUUUUCUGUUUUCACCCCAUUUAAGAGUUUGUACUGAUUGGACAGAAACCCAUAUCAAAGGAACUCACGUUUCUAGACUGACCACUAACAGGAAGAAAACAAACAGGCACAUAGACGCAGAACAGUGUUGAACACAUGUCAGUUUUUCAGGGGUUACAAGAAAAGUGUCCUCAUCCUUAGUUUUAUUCAGCACAAUAGAUAUUAUGGCAGUAAUACUAUACAAAUAUUUUAUUAGUUCCCCCUUUUUUUAUUUUAAGUGCUUAUUGUUUGCCCCUUUUAGUUGACUAAGGACAAGGCUAAGGCUUCAAAACGUUGUUUGGAAAAUUCUGUGUAAUAGAUAUUAUCAAUUAUGCAGACACAAUGAGUUCAAAAUUAAAUCAAUAAAAAGGCAUUCAGGAAAAAUAUUCACCUAGAUAACUACAUACAAAUAGGUAACAUAGCCUAAGAUAAUGCAAUGCAUUUGUUUUACUCAGCUCUUUAUACUGUAUGAAAUUAAUGCAGCUUAUUUUCACAGUCGUUUGUCAGCAAGUCAGUUUUACUGCUUUUAGUUAUUAUUUUAUUUUAUAAUUCCUUCUUUUUUUUUUAUCAAGACAAACUGGGCAGAGCCAGGUCCAGUAUAUCAUUGGUGGUGGUAAAACGAUCACUGAGAAACAUGAAAGCUGCUAAAAAGAAAUCAAAUAAAUAAAACUGGCCAAUUCAAUCCGUAAUGAUACGGUCAUUCUGACAAUAAGCAGGAUGAAAUAAUGUUUCAUAAUAACAAGCUGUGUUUUCAAAAAGAUAUUGGAUUACUUCGCAAUUGUAUGGUUAUAUUAUAUAUUUUGUGUGUUUUUAUUCAUAUGCUUGUUUACUUUCCAUAACCAUACAGCUAAUAUCUGAUUGGGCAAACCAUGUUUUUAUUAUACAGCAGAGGCUGGCUUGUCUGAAUUGAUGAAAUAUGCAGCAGUGCACAAAUAUAUUCUAUUUGGUGUGAAUGUUGGGAGUUUCCCUAUAGAAAUGAAGUAGUCAAUUAGACUAGAGUCCAUGUAGAGAUAAUAUAUCGCUGCUUAUUAAUUUCAUAUGUUGAAUAUAAAUUGCAUCUAUGCUUCAAUGCAUGUUAGUCAUCUACACAUCCUUCAGACAUCUUCCAUUUGUGAUUCUGAUUGGUAAAGUUCUGCAGUAGUGAGUCCUUUAGUUGUAACACACUGAACAUCCAUAUCACUCUAAUCUUCAUCAAAGAACUAAUUAAGCACUUUUCACUGUGGUAGAUCAUAGGUAAGUAGUACAUAUCUCUGUGUUGAUGUUGACAAAAUUUCACACUGUUCAUGUACUUUACCUUGUCCUCUGGUGCUCUCCCAUAGCAACACGUACCGUAUCCUUGGUGACCAUCUUCAGUGCAUCAUUGUCAGUGAUCAUACAAAAUAGUAUAAAGUCUGCACCAAAGCACUGAGACAUUCGGUGAUUACCACCCAGUACAUACAGGAACUUGUUGUUUUCUAUGUGGGUACAAGCUCCACAGCCUCCAUCAAUCACUAGUUUGUAGUUCUGUUUCCAGUUGGACUACAGCACGUUAAACUGGACCGUUUUUCUCGGAGGAGUCCAAUGUGGCUUCAGCUGAAAGGAGGCAGGGCUGGUUCCUGUAGCACACCUCUGUGCAGUUAGCUCCGGCCACAGAUGAAUCCCCCCCCAGCUGCCGCUCCAGCUCAACACAGCUCACGUGUAGUCCUUUCAUUCGGUGUUUGUGGACAUGCUGAUCUGGGAUCAGCUCACAAAGGUAACCCUCGGUCUUUUGCCUUUAAUUGACUGAACAAGGGAAAGAGUCCCCUGACCUGUGCACUACAUGUCUACGGAGACAGUUGUUUUGAAAACCAGUUAGUAUUUUUUGUAAUUAUUGUUAGGAAUGUAGAAUCCAAGGCUGGAGGUAUUGUAUCUACCAUCUAGUCUAUUUGUGUGAAUAUUUUGUGAUAAAAGAAUGAUAUUGUAAAAUGAAGAUUACUAAUCUGAGUAUUGAGUUAUAUGUAAAGUCCAAACAAAGUAAUUGAAGGAGCCUGAUGAAUUUGCUGUAAAUGUAACUUUUCAUCCAGACUGAUUUGGCUGCAGAUUCUUGUUUUAUACUUUCAAAAACUGUCUUAACACACUGAACAUAUUUUUUUAUUGAGUACUCGAUACUAGCACAUUAGUAACUGUGGUUCAGUGAUGAUUUCAUCUGUCAACACAUCUGGCAAUUCCUCUGAUGUGCAGUUCAUAAAGAUGGAUAAAAUGCAUUAGAAAUUAAAUAAAUUCACAUAGAAUAUUCACAUAGAGUAAUAUGAUCUGGUAAAUUGUGAGAAUUAUCUGUGAAUUAAUAAUUUAAUGUUGAAAUGAAUGAUGAUUGAUGCUUUUUUUGCACAAAAAUAUGCUUCUUUUAACCAUUUACAUAAAAGGUGUUAAUACCUUGACAUGCUCAAAAAAUAAUUCUAUAUUUUUGGAAACACACUUUCAGGUAUAAGCGUAUUUCCCAAAAUGUAAUUUUGCUUAUUACUGCUUUGAUUCUCCUCUUGUUUAUCCACUUCACACAGACUCAAACAUCGUUAAGCACGUAUAUAGAUACGAGCUUAUGAUAUAGGUUGUGUACUCUUAAAAUCAUAUCAAGGGUGUCACAUAUGAGAAUGGACAGGACACUGUUGCAUUUUUCAUUAGGCACAGUCAUGACAUCACUGCUGAAUAGUGGUGAAGAAACUGUACAAAUGGAAAGUUAGUCUGUGAUUUUCUUUCUCAGCGAUCAAUUUAAAUGCUUUAUUCAAGAUAUAUUAAAAUAUAUUGUGUUUGAGACGAUUUUAUAUUUUAGAAUUCAUGUUAUAUUUUGAAUGAUAACAGAGACCUCAUCAUAUGUUUUAAUCAAUGGAUUUCCAAAUAAUGUAACCCCAGUACUUGAUGUUGACUUUCCCGCUGAGGUUGCCCCAGCGAGGGCCUACACGCGAUCGGACUGCUAACACAGUGCGGUGCAAAUGUGUUAGCACAUGGAAGUUGCUUCAAACAGAAGUAUUGUCUGCCUUACGCAGAAGGGGAAAAACAACCAAAGUGUAUGUGGAGAGUAUACUGUAGAGUUAAAAAAAAACUUAAUUUGGCUUCCCUUUCUGGGAGGGUUCUAAUGUAAACCCCCUCUCAUCUCAUCUCGUUUCAUCUCACUUAAUACACUGUGGUGGAUUUUUUUGCCUUCACUUUUACGCUUUUAUUUUCUACCUUCUCAUGGGUGCCAUUGUUCUUAUGUAAGUGUUUUCAUUCUGUUUUAUGCAUAAUGAGCUUGAUUUGAGUGCAUGUGUGGCACACAUUUCCUUCUCAUUCGAUGCUUCCCAGUUUGGAGGCAAAACUGAACUUAUGAAGAUGAGGAAAUCUUUCUUGCAUUGUCUAAACUUAAACUGAAACGUGCUUCUUCUCGGACUGUGACUCACGGCUUUGUUGUGAGACAGGGAUAUUAAUAAUCUGUAUGAUGAUGAACGUUAUGAGACACAUUACAUCAGCGGCCUGGUACAGUAGGUCGAAGGUGAUUGACCUGCCUUGAAUCUCUCUCCCCCCAAAUACACAUGUGUAUUCGGGUGUAAUUGCGGAUUUGCUUCUUUUUUUAAAUUGUGUAUUUUCUCCCUUAAUUUAUACUUGUAUAACAUUGUCCUUAAAUGACAAAGACAUAAUGAAAAAAGAAGAUAAUAAAGUUGUUAAUGUUGAAA